AUAGUGUCCGGCCAACGGAUCCGAAGUAUUUUGCGUAGACAACUGUUAAUAAACACCUGAAUCUUCUGGAUGAUGGCUUUUGUAGUUCUCCAGGUUUCCGCCCCAUACAGUAGAACUGUCUUGACAUUUGUAUUGAAAAUCCUGACCUUCGUGUUGGUUGACAGUUGCUUUGAGUUCCAGAUGUUCCUCAGUUGUAAAUAUGCUGCUCUUGCUUUGCCGAUCCGCGCCUUCACAUCUGCAUCAGAUCCACCCUGUUCAUCAAUGAUGCUACCCAAAUAUGUAAAGGUUUUUACAUCUUCCAAAUCUUCUCCGUCAAUUUUAAUUGGAUUGGUGGAUUCUGUGUUGUAUCGGAAAAUCCUGCUUUUCCCUUUGUGUAUAUUGAGACCUAUUGCAGCUGAGGCUGCUGCCACACUGUUCGUCUUCUCCUGCAUCUGUUGUUGCGUUUGGGAUAGAAGGGCCAGAUCGUCUGCGAAGUCUAGAUCAUCCAACUGCAUCUUAGAUGUCUAUUGUAUCCCGCGCUUCCCUUCAGACGUUGACGUCUUCAUGAUCCAGUCGAUCACCAGGAGAAAGAGAAAGGGUGAGAGUAAGCAACCUUGCCUAACACCGGUCUUCACUUCGAACGACUUUGUCAACUGUCCUCCAUGCACAAUUUUGCAGUGUAAUCCAUCAUAUGAGUUCUGUAUGAUAUUGACUAUCUUCUGAGGCACGCCGUAGUGUCGAAGAAGUUUCCAUAGUGUUGUUCUGUCCACGCUAUCAAAUGCCUUUUCGUAGUCAAUGAAGUUGAUGUAGAGUGAUGAAUUCCAUUCAAUUGAUUGUUCCACAAGCAUCCGUAGAGUUGCGAUUCGGUCUGUACACGAUCUAUCCUUACGGAAUCCUGCCUGUUAGUCACGAAGUUGGGCGUCUACGCAGUCCUUCAUCCUGUUUAACAAUACCCUGUUGAAGACUUUCCCCGGUAUUGAGAGAAGAGUGAUGCCCCUGUAGUUAUCACACUUGCUGAGAUCGCCUUUCUUCGGUAUUUUGAUCAGAAGUCCUUCUUUCCAGUCUUUUGGUACUUGUUCCUCAUUCCAAAUCUUAUUGAAGAGAAUGUAGAGUAUCCUUGCAGUUGCCGCUACGUCUGCUUUUAGUGCCUCUGCAGGGAUGUUGUCCGGUCCUGCUGCUUUGCCACUCUUGAUUUGUCUGAUGGCCAUGCUGAUUUCUUCAAUUGUUGGUGGGCCAACAUUGAUUGGGAGGUCCGUGGGUGCUGCUUCGAUGUUGUGUGGGUUCAGUGGAGCUGGUCGAUUCAAGAGUUCUUCGAAGUGUUCUACCCACCUGUUUUGUUGCUCUUCAAUGUUGGUGAUCACCUCGCCUUCCUUGCUUUUCACUGGUCGUUCUGAUUUGCGGCAAUUUCCAGAGAGUUUCUUUGUCGUGUCAUACAGUUGUCUCAUGUUUCCUUCUCUUGCAGCCUUUUCCGCCGUCGUUGCUAAAUCUUCCACAUAUUUACCUUUGUCGGCUCUAAUGCUCCUCUUCACUUGUUUGUUUACUUCUGUGUAUUCAGCUUGUGCUUUGGCUUUUUCUGCUCUUGUUCGGCUGGUAUUGAUUACUGCCUUCUUGUUCCUCUGGAGUAUAGUUCUGUCCAAAGAAUCGAAGGUAGCCAUGAUAUCAAGAAACAGCGAUGGUUCGCCUGCAGUAAGUAAGGCGGUACUACGAAAUUUUGUGUGUGUGGGGGGGAGUAAAUAUAUGGUCGAUACACUCACGACGAGAACGAAAAUCAGUCUGGUUUUGGAUGUUUUGAAGUAUGACCGAGGCUAAUAUUUCAAACACUAUCGGAAGUAGUCUUACCUCCCAUUAAUUGAGUCCGACGACUGUCUUCUUAUUCCAAGAUGUUAGAGCACUCUAUUCCCCUGAGCUUUCCUAACAACGUAGUCAGUUCCUUAGCCAAAGGUUCUCUAUCCUCCGCAGAAAGAAAUAAGUUUAAGUUUUCUGGGGCUUCAGGAGUUUAAGUUCCUGGCGAACUUCCGCGUCGUUAUGUGAUCAGUCAUCACCGGCCGAACUGCUUUCCGUAGAACUCCGUCCAUUCUUCAAGAUAUCACUGAAUAUAUUUUAUUGGCAUUACAUAAGCUUCAUACAUUGCCUCACUAACACCAGACUUCUUGAUUGCAGAAUUUUUUAACGUAAGAAUCUGUGCUUAUUGUUAAAUUCGCGGUUAGCACGAGUAGACCAACGUGUCUCAAUGUGUGAACCACCCAGUUAGCAAUGCUGAGGCUAAAUGAAGGGUAUCAGUUAAGGUUGUUAAAUCGAUUCGUGAGAUAAUGAAUCUUUAUUAACUGGGUAAUAUGGAAAUGUAUUAUGUAUGCUCAUCCACCGACUAUCUGGGCAUCCAAUUUUUGCUGAUGUAGGAAUAGGUUGGAAAGAAGCUAUAUGCUCCCGAAUCAAACGUUCCAUCAGCUCGUCGAGUCAUUCACUAAUAAACGGAGUCGUGCAGCUAAGUUCAAAUUACGUGGUUGGUUUCUACACGACUCGUAAUAGUCCGAAAUGGUAGGAAUAUAUUCACUCUUUGUCUUCGCUUAGAUCCCAAGUUUUGUAUAUUAUCUUACAAUCUUUUUUCAUCCUGAAGACUUCUUGAAUUAUAUCUUUUUCCUUUUCUGGUGCUACUCCUACUACUCUAGCGUCUCGCUGUACUGAGAUAGUGUGGCAGCGUGGACAAAUGCACAUAUAUACCAGGUUGUAUGUCGCAUACGAAUGACUGACUGAGGUCUAGUGUUGUUUAAAUAAGUAAUCCUGAGUUGGACCUUCAAAUGGUGUUAUUCAUUUUUUCUUAAUUCGCCGUUUUAGAGAGUUAUAGCAUCCCAACAGUUUUUCUUUAUCAUUUAGUAUUCAUGAAGAUGGCUACCUCAAAGAUAGGUUUCGUUGUAGGAUAAAAUCACACGAAUCUGUUAAGUAAUUCAUUUUCGUGGUAACUUGUGACCUGUGGGAUGUUCAGACUAAAAACUUCGUAUUUUGGUAUAGUCGCGUUUCGUUCACGUGCACUAAUUCUAAAUUCAUUAGUUAAUAUUUCGUAACAUUAAUCAGUUCAUGAUAUACCAUUAUUACUAUCUGUUAUCUUUACUUGCUGAUAUUAAGUUAAAUAGUUUGUCAAGAUUUCAUGACAUCCAUUUCAAAGCCACAUUUAUGUAAAUUAUGGAUUUCCAUUUUUUUUUUUACCAAGUAUUCUACUUAAAGAUGUUUUAUCAAAAACUGGCAUUGUUUUCGGGAUUGUUUGCAUUCGUACAGCUGUUAGUAUCUUUCUCACUUCGUUUGUCAAUUUAGUUAAUCAUCAGGUAUUCAUUAACAAACUAAAAUUGUUUCAUAUUUUUACACGUAAUCAUUUCUUUUUCUCAAAUUUCUCCGGUCAAUAAAUUAACUAUAUGCGUAUUUAUAAGUAAUUGUAUCAAAUCUUUCUUUACAGAUGGUUUAAAUAUUUUUACAUGAUUGGUAUAUUCUCUACAUUAUGUAUCCUACUGGUUGAAUUAUUUAUGCUAUCUGGAGCUUGGAGGGGAUAGAGCUGUUGUAGUUACGAGUUAUCGCCAAUGUCACAAAUAUAUCAGAUUUGUUAAGCAAUGUAGUUAAUUUAGAAAUCAUUUUUGUCGUAAAUUGAUUUCAAUUGAGAAACAAUUUAAAACCAGGAUCCAUUGGAAAUCUGUUUCGUUCUGUUUCAUAACUCUUCAUUUGUGUGCGCUCUCAACUCCACUCAAAAUCGUAUCCUUGAAGCAAUAAACCUGGAUCAAGCUCAUGGUUGCAGCUGCAAUCAUUUUGAGUUAUAGUACCAAUCCCAUCUACAAAUUACUGUCUCACCCUUGACUUGUUUAACUCUACCAGUUAUAGUUCCUUAUUUGAACUUCGAAAAACUCUUCUCAGAUCCGAUCACUAGUAUGGACAUAAUUAUUCAUUCAGUUUCAGUACUCAACAAAACCAUAAUUUCUGUUUUAAUCAUAUAUUUGGUACAUGUUUCACGUCGACUGUAUGAGUGCGAAUACGUUUCCGUAUUCAGUAAUUCUCAAAUGAGUUUCAUGCACUUUUUGAUGGGUAUUGGAUUCUAUAUUGUCGCUCCUAGUUCAAUUUUGCUUUCUCAAAGUAAUGCAGCUGAACGAUCAUAUUUGACUAUUGGCUUAUUUAGUGUUCAUAUGUUAAUACUCCAGUAUUUGCAGGAUUUGGUUUUCCGACAGUUAGCUGCCUUACGUUCAGGGAAAAAUAAAAACUCAGACAACUUAUCGGAGAAAAAGUAUUAUCCACCCGAAGGGAGCAUGUUUUAUUGGGUAUCGUGCCCGCACUACAUACUUGAAAUAUCAAUCUACUUAUCAUGUCAGUUAUUUAUUACACCUAAAUGGAUACCAUUUUCGCAUAUAUUAUUUUUCACAAUAUGCAAUCAAUUAUGCUGUAUAUGGCUAAAUCAUAAUUGGUAUAAAAAUAAUUUCCCUGAGUGGGCAUCUAAACGUGCUAUGCUGAUUCCUUAUGUAUGGUGAAUAUAAAAAUGUAUGUUCACUUCUCUCUCUUAAACAUAAACAUCUUGAUGUAAAAUAUUUUUUAGUUAGUGUUAGACUAUUCAUUUUAUUCAACUGACUACGCAUUAUCUAAUAUUUUUUAUGUGAUUGUUUUCCGAAGAUGCUCCGUUUUGUGAUAUUUUUCUUUUCUAUUCGAAAAGUUAUUGUAAUGUAAGUACAUUCUUCCUUAAGAGCUGUUUUGAAUUAAGGAGAACCUAUCAAAAGAAAAGCUAUUAAUUAUUGAGUAUUCAUAUUUUAGAGAUCACAGAGAUAAUUUCGUCAGACACUCACUAAUGUGCUUCGUGGCAAUACAUCAAUGCAAUGGCUAAUAUCGUGUUAUUAAUCGGCACUGUGUAUAUUUCAAAACAUCUCCGAAUAGUACACCAAACCAAUGUGGUGCAUCAACGCCACGUAAAACCUGUAAGUUAUAGCAGUAUAAAACUAUAUUUCAAGAGUGUCAAAGACCACUUGUAGUUACUAAACUGUAGGUGCUUUCCAGAAAUGCAUUUUAAUCUUAGUAGUGACCAAUAUAAGCAUAAGUUGUUAUGCAGUAAAGUGAUUAGAAUGUUUGGGGUUCAUGAAAAAACCAGUUUUCUUAGUUUAAGAACCCGACAUCUUUUAAUAGAUUUAUCUAAGAAAUAUUAUGCCCCCUCAAUCAUGCUGCUUAGACACAUUUCGUACUAAAUAUCCGAUUGUCUAGGCACUCCUCAAUAGUUGUGAUCCGUAGGUAUUCUUCGUUUUCUACAUUUCUGGGUAUUUAGACCUGGCACAUGGUUUGUUUAUUUAAAGUCAAACUCGCAGCAGCAUCACAAAGGCAGUCCAUAGUGCGUGAACUGCUCUGCAAUUUUGUGUAAGUCUGCUCCGUUUUCUGUUAAGUAAUUCCAUCAAGACAACAGUUUCAGUGACACUUGAUGGUCACGAUAAGUUAUGCCAUAAUCAGGCAUUUAUGAUAAGCAUGGGAUUUGAUUCUGUAAUGUUAUAGCCCCAUCAGUUGGAACUUAUGACUUUACAGUCAUAUGUGUUGUAGUCACAGUUGCCUGUGUUUUCAGGAACAACGUUAUACUCUAUUCCCUACCUUUCGUCAUAAGUUUUGAAAUAAUAAGUGAAGAGACGAAAUCCUCACCGAAGACAGGUACUGACUGGUAAUUUCAAAGAAUAUAUAUAAGGUGAAAGGAUUAAGUUGAAGCAAUAAGAUUUGAAAUUUAAAAGGUUGUAAUACAUGUAUAGACUGUCUAAAUCGUGCACUCAAUAAUUGUUAGCCCUCAAUUGGCUAUAUCCGUUUGAGGAUUAUGGCACGACUCGACAUAAAACACCUAUCCUUUAUGGCUACCUUGCGAUUUUCAUACUCCUAUACUUCUACAUGGAAUCAAGUAGGAUUUUCUCGUGACCACCAUUGUCUUCGUCCUUGUUUGUGUUUGGGUCGAUCCAUUGGAAGUUUCUUGAGUGGCCAUUUUGCCCGAUUUUGUCCUGUCAAGUUUGUAUUCGUUUUUUUCUCUUUUUGGACUUGACUUCGUAAGGCCUGGAAAGCUUCGAGUUUAACAUCCUUAUCAAUCACCAAUGCAGAAGAUGAGGGCUACUCAAGUUGUACGGGAAUAGUGCGGGUUAGCUGACAUCAAGGUCAUACCUCACAAUACCUAGGGUGCACUACUGUUUCGUUGUAUAUAGGUACCGUGGCUACUUUGAUGAUUGUAUAUAGACGUUACUACAGAAGUGUAUUAAUAAGGAUAGGAGGAAUAGAGUGCGACCACCAGCGUAUCGGCGAGUCAGUGGCGUGCAAACUGAUCCGAGCUGGUUGACGAGAUUUGCUAGAUCGUUCAACACAAGCCAUGCCUGUUGGGUGACUAGACUGUGGCUCAGUGACAUUUUGCUAUCCCUCAGAGACAAUCGAGGGUUUUAUAACUCCCUUGCUAGCUCUGAACGAUUUAAUAUUAUCCACACAACGUAUCUCAGACAUCAGUACCUUAUUUAUGGCCAUAAUUUGGACUUAUGUGCUUAGUUGGAAAAAUCUAUUUGGAGGAAAGCUAUUGCCUUAUACUUGAGUAAAAUCUAUUCGAAUGAUUGUGGACAGAAUAAAAGGAGCGUUCACUUAACGGACUUCCAUAUCUAGUGGGAGUAGAUCAUCAGGUAGGAACCUAGGUAUUUAUGUAACCUUUUCGAGUUUCAUUGUUUUAUGAUGGAACAGAGGUUUCUGCAAACUCACUACUGGAGAUUAGCCAAAUACAUCUAUGAAAAAAAAACAUUGGUAGAUACCCUCAGUAUAGCAGAUUUAGCAAGUGAACAGGUUUUAACAAUAUGUCUUCAUCUGCUUCAGCGAGUCUUUAAACGACUACUGGACAAAAAUCGAACUUUUACAGCACUAAUCGUCUGUUGACAUUUGGAUUUAACGAUUGACCGACUAUGUAAUACGGUCUACCAUGGAUAAAUGAAUGAAAGAGAUUCGUGUAGACACUGUUGACCAAGACAUGAUUCACUUUAAUUUGUACCUUCAUUAGUUACACAAUUACCACGACCUACUUACCAUUUCCUUCGUAUAUUUUGUACGAACAUGCUUCCAGUGGUGUCAUUUUGUGGCUUCCAAGUCCUAGAUGACUUUCUCUUCGUUCAGAUAUUUUGCUUCCCUGUGAUCACCUCAGUCAUACUGCUAUUCAAUGAAGAUGUUGGUAGGGCUGUUAAAAUUUUGGGUCCUUCAAGCAAUUUUAGAAUAUUUUGGGUGCGGUUUUCUUAUUCAACUUCGGUAAACCAUUACGGAACAAUAGUUGUGAUUUUUUACCACUUGAGUCCGAUUGUUGUAUAAACUGGACUUUUUAUAUCUCCGCAUCUUUCUCACACAAGCUGUCUGUAGUUCCAAGCUUGCUCUUCAAGUCCCAUUUUGCUAGUGAUUUGCAGAUGGUGUAUCCAUCCACUACCAUAAUAAUGUUCAGCAUUUGAACUUUAAUGAAUACAUGAUAAAUUCCUGAAGCGUAGUUUAUCUUCUAAACCACAGCAUGUUGUAUAUUUACGUAGCAGUAAUAACGAACCAAUGCCUUUAUCCAGUACUCAGUAAAUUGUCAAGUAAACAACUACCUGGAAGAAGUCUGUAACUUGCACUUACUAUGCUUGUGGCAAAAUGGGAUAGAAUCUAGGUAUAUGACAGUAUUAAUUUGCGUAUGUUUUUGGUAACCUAUGUGAAGCAUUUACAAGUUCGCAAUAAUCAGGUCAGUAGUUCCAGUGUGCAUUCAACAAAUUGGUCAUAGGGGGCACAAUAUUUCCACACAAGCGUAUACACAAGGCUACAUGGAUCUCACCGGACCACACUACAGAGAACCAAAUAGAUCAUAUUUGCAUCAACAAUAAAUUCCGAAGGACGAUGGAAGAUGUGAGAACCAGGAGAGGUGCUGACGUAGCUUCAGACCACCACCUAGUUGUAGCCAAUCCAAAACUGAAGCUAAAAAAGAACUGGACAAGUGGACAAACAGCACUACAAAGGUUCAAUACAGCCUUCCUUCGAGAUACUGACAAACUCAACGAAUUCAAGAUAGCUCUCAACAACAGGUUCCAAGCCUUACAAGAUCUACUGAAAGAAGAAGAAACUACUAUGGAGGACAACUGGAAAGGCAUCAAGGAAGCAUUAACUUCAACGUGUCAAGAGAUUCUGG